AAAAAAAUAAAAAAAAAUUUAUUGAGCUUGCUUCCGACUUACCGCGUGUGAAUUGUGAAAAAAUAAUAGAAAAUCAGAGUAAAAAAUGGCUGGACCAGCAAAGAAACGUGAUGUUGAAAAAAAGCCAGAAGAUGAAGAUGAAAUGAAUCAAACUGAUGAAGACAGUAAUGACGAUAAUGAAACAGAAGUCAAUGAUGAAGAGGGAACAAAAAUUAUGGUUGACUUUGUUGGUAGAACACCAGAGGAUCCAGAUUUUCAUGGAAUAAAAAUACUUUUAAAACAAUUAUUUUUAAAAGCCCAAGUAAAUGUCAGUGCAUUAUCUGAGCAUAUAAUAUCAAGAAAUUAUGUUGGAUCUGUUGUUAAACAAGGUCUUGAUGGUGAUGAUGAUGAAGAAGAAAGUGAUGACGAUGAUGAUGUUAAUGAUGUAUUUGGUAUUACAACAAUUGUCAAUAUCUCUCACUCACAGGUUUCAUUGCAGAAUGAAGAAUGUGUACAACAAUUACGUACACUAUUAAAAGAUUUAUCAACUGAAUUUGCUGAUGAUAAAACAAAUACUACAAUUAAAAAUAUACUUGAAAAUGAUUCAUCAGCAUUGGGUUUAAUAAUAAAUGAAAGAUUUGUUAAUAUACCAGCUGAUAUAUCAAUUCCAUUAUUGGAAAAUUUAAUUGCUGAUAUGGAACGUGCUUGUAAAAAAAAAAUGCCAUAUGAAUUUCAAUAUUAUGUAUUAAUAUCAAAAUUAUAUAAAAUGAAAAUACAAGCUGGUAAAAAAGCCAAUAAAAAAAAAGGAAAUACAGAAGAACCAGAAGUAUUUUGGAGUAAUCAAGAAGAAGAAAUAUUUGCUGAUGAUGCAAUGUGUACAUUUGAAUUUUCAGUUGAUAAAGAAACAGAUAGUGGAUUAUCUGGUGCAUGGGCUGAAGAUGAUACUGAAAUGACACCAUUUAGACGUGUUAUGUUAUUUGAAGCAGCAAAAUUACCAAAACUCAUUGAAAAAGUUAAAACAAUGUUGGCUAAUUAAUUUAUAAUAUCGAAAAUAUAUAACUGUAAAUUUUAUACACGUAAACAAUU